CUGAGGACAAUGGACGCUGAUGAGGGUCAAGACAUGUCCCGAGUUUCAGGGAAGGAAAGCCCUCCAGUGAGCGACACUCCGGAUGAUGGGGAUGAGCCCAUGCCGGUCCCCGAAGACCUUUCCACCACGUCUGGCGGACAGCAGACCUCCAAGAGUGACAGAGGAGUGGCCAGUAAUGUUAAAGUAGAGGCUCAGAGUGAUGAAGAGAAUGCGCGUGCCUGUGAGCUGAAUGGGGAAGAAUGUGCGGAGGAUUUACGAGUGCUUGAUGCCGCGGGAGAGAAAAUGAAUGGCUCCCACAGUGGCCAAGGCAACAGAGCUCUGUCGGGAACCGGAGGCAUUCGACUUCCUAACGGCAAACUAAAGUGUGAUGUCUGUGGGAUAAUUUGCAUCGGCCCCAAUGUGCUCAUGGUCCACAAGAGAAGCCACACUGGGGAGCGGCCUUUCCAGUGCAACCAGUGUGGGGCCUCCUUCACGCAGAAGGGCAACCUGCUCCGACAUAUCAAGCUGCACUCCGGGGAGAAGCCCUUCAAGUGCCACCUUUGCAACUAUGCGUGCCGCCGGCGGGACGCCCUCACGGGCCACCUGAGGACGCACUCCGUUGGUAAACCUCACAAAUGUGGAUAUUGUGGCCGAAGCUAUAAACAGCGAAGCUCUUUAGAGGAACAUAAAGAGCGUUGUCACAACUACUUGCAAAGCAUGGGUCUUCCAGGCACGCUGUACCCAGUCAUUAAAGAAGAAGCUAAUCAGAGUGGGAUGGCAGAAGAUCUGUGCAAGAUAGGAUCAGAGAGAUCCCUCGUGCUGGACAGACUAGCAAGUAACGUCGCCAAACGUAAGAGCUCUAUGCCUCAGAAAUUUGUUGGGGACAAGUGCCUGUCGGACAUGCCCUAUGACAACAGUGCCAGCUACGAGAAAGAGAAUGAGAUGAUGCAGACCCACGUGAUGGACCAAGCCAUCAACAAUGCCAUCAGCUACCUGGGGGCCGAGUCCCUGCGCCCGCUGGUGCAGACGCCCCCCGGCAGCUCGGAGGUGGUGCCGGUCAUCAACCCCAUGUACCAGCUCCACAAGCCCCACGCGGAGGGGCCCCCGCGGUCCAACCACUCAGCCCAGGACAGCGCCGUGGAGAACCUGCUGCUGCUUUCCAAGGCCAAGUCGGUGUCCUCCGAGCGGGAGGCGUCGCCAAGCAACAGCUGCCAAGACUCGACGGACACGGAGAGCAAUAACGAGGAGCAGCGGAGCAGUCUCAUCUACCUGACCAACCACAUCAACCCGCACGCCCGCAAUGGCCUGUCCAUCAAGGAGGAGCACCCCGCCUACGACGUGCUGCGGGCGGCCUCCGAGAGCUCCCAGGACGCCUUCCGGGUGAUCGGCACGAGCGGGGAGCCCAUGAAGGUGUACAAGUGCGAACACUGCCGGGUGCUCUUCCUGGACCACGUCAUGUACACCAUCCACAUGGGCUGUCACGGCUUCCGUGAUCCUUUUGAGUGCAACAUGUGCGGCUACCAUAGCCAGGACCGGUACGAGUUCUCGUCCCACAUCACGCGGGGCGAGCACCGCUUCCACAUGAGCUAAGCCGGGCCCUAGCGAGGCACGCGGGGCCCCGGGCCCUCCCCUCCUGCCAGUAGCCCCGGACUGGACCAGAACGUUGUGCUUUGAUUUCUAGGUGGUUUUUCGUUUCGUUUGGGUUUUUUUUUUUUUAAGUCGGUCGUUUGGCUGGGGUUUGAUUUGCUUUUGAAAACAAGAUUUUUAUUGUUAGAUGCAGGGUUACAUGGGGAGUCCCCCGCCCCGCCCCCCCCAAACUGCUAUGUUACUAGAUGUGCUCAGAGACUGCUCGCCGAAAUCCCCCUCCCCUGGUGCUUCCUAGAAUUCCCCUCCUCUAAAGAAGUGCUCAUUUUCAGAGAAAGUUUCCUCAAAACAGGUCAGAGCCUGGGAAGGAAUGAGCUGGUUUCUGGGCUGAGCAUCCAC